AUGUCCGGCUCCGACAACCUCGAGAUAACCACCACCCAGCGGAUGAUAUCCGCCACCUGGGGAAGCGUCCUUACUACACUGCUUGUGACACCGCUCGACGUCGUCCGCGUACGCCUACAGUCUCAGCAAGCGCCUCCACCCACAAAUCUCUCCCGGUUUCCCGCAUACUCGACGAGCUUCAAACAACUCCCUCCGGACCUCGGUGUAAACUCAUGCUGUCGGGAAGUGUUCUUCGUGGGAAACAAUGGUCAGUUCUGCCUGGCAGGGAAUGGCUCUAUUCAAGGAUCUUCCACGCUCAUUGCGGACUGUGCAGCGGAAGAAACUCAGCAAAAGACUUUCACAUCCACCAUGGAUGCUAUGAAGAAGAUUGCGAGGAAUGAAGGAUACCCGACCUUAUGGCGUGGACUGUCUCCCACAUUGGCGAUGGCCAUCCCCGGCAACGUCAUCUAUUUCACCGGCUACGACUGGCUGCGAUACAGCCAUGCCAGUCCGAUUCGGAAGAUCGCAUCCGACACCUAUGCACCUUUGAUCGCCGGUUCCGUGGCGAGAGUAGCAGCUGGUAUCGCGGUCUCACCUAUCGAAAUGUUCCGAACCCGUAUGCAGGCCACUUCCGGAAACGCAGGUGUCUUCAAGGAGACCUUACUUGGCUUGCAUCGCAUGGCUCGGACGCAGGGAUACUCUUCUCUCUGGCGGGGACUCACACUGACCUUGUGGCGAGAUGUUCCUUUCUCAGGGUUCUACUGGUGGGGAUAUGAAGCCAUUCGCAACAAGUUGACAGACGCGAGGGAAGUGGCAAAAGGACGGCAUCUCGACGCUGGCCGUUCCUUGACCAGUGCCCGAGUGGCUCAAACCGACCAAGAUCCCAUGACGACUUUCAUCGACAGUUUCAUUGCAGGUUCCGGCGCUGGUGCCAUCGCCGCACUCAUCACCACGCCCUUUGAUGUAGGCAAGACCCGUCAGCAGGUCUAUCACCAUGCUGGGGACGACGCCGCGUCUGUGGUCAGCGCAAGAGAAGCCGCUAAGGCGGGAAAGCAAAUUCCUGAGGAGCUGCACAUCACCCGGUUCUUGCACCAUAUCUACACGGAGGAGGGGAUUGCUGGACUGUUCAAAGGAUGGGCGGCCCGUUGUAUGAAAGUCGCGCCCGCCUGCGCCAUUAUGAUUAGCUCGUAUGAGUUGGGAAAGAAAUGGGCCAAGACGCAGAACGAGAAGAAGGAAGAGGGCAAGGCGCUGGCUUGA